AAAAAAUCGUUCAAUCAGAUAUGGCAAAAUUCAACAUCAAUUUGGCAUACAGUGCUUUGCUCUGCGUUGCUGUCGCUGUAAAUUUGGCACAGGCUCUCAAUGAUGGAUAUGAUUUGGCGGUCAUCAACGGUUAUCUCAAUGCCUAUGAAAAACAAGUUUUGACCAUGAACUGCAUGGAAAGAAGUUGUGAUCCUUUGGCUCUUCAGAAAAUAGUUGAAAUCGAGAAUGAAGUGGAAAAAGAUUUAAAAGCUAGAUCAACAUUAUUCGAAACUCACGAAAUCGAAUCGGUAAAGGUUCUCCGAGCAAUUGAAGCCACAGUUGGGAAAAUGUUACUUGCCGUGCCCGAAUGCCAUGACCUGUCGUACUCUUGCCCAAGUAAAUCCGGUGCAAUUCAAACAGAACCAAAUUUCCUUAGCGAAUACUCAACGAUUACACAUGAUAUUAUCAAAUACGGAAGAAGCUGCGUCAAUUUGAACAACGUACAAGAAGCCAUUAAAAUCUUGGGCGAUGCUGUCGAAUAUGUUGAACAAGAAAAUCCCAAUGAACCCGGCAAUUACUUCCAAAGAGCUAUGCCUGCUCGUCGCUUUAUUGCAAAUGAAUAUAGCAAAUUGUGCAAAGGCAACCCUUGGGUAAGGCACCCAAUUUAUUAAAUGAAAAAUGAGCUAUUGAUAUGCUAU